UUGUGUUCUCUGUGGUGUGUGCACAGGAUGUCAUCACCUUGCCGUACCUCUGCUGUGCUGGUGGUCUUUGUGGCCCUUGCUGUCAGUGUAGGGGCUGAACAAUUGAAAGAGAGGAGCUGCGACGUGAUUGGCGAUGAAAGCAGCGAGUCACAAAUGGAAAGAGCCCUGCUGAAGAAACUAGAGCCCCUAAGCCAAAUGAGGUUUAACGUGACUGUGGAGAAAGGCAAAACGGAAAACUACAUCUACCAUUUCAGGGUGUGCAGGGAGGUCGACAGCACCUUGCACAAUUUUGGUGGCCUGGUGCAAACAGAUAGACAGAAUGGAAAGACCACAGUGAUAGGAAGAAUCAAUGAAACCCAGGUCUUCAAUGGAAGUGACUGGAUCAUGCUGAUUUAUAAAGGAGGUGAUUCAUAUGGCAGGCACUGCAGCGGUGAGAAGAGAAGAGCUGUGAUAAUGAUUUCUUGCAAGCGGGGAGUUACAGCGAGCUCAUUCAGCAUUAUUUCGGAAUAGCGGGAAAAGGAGCAGGACUGUUUCUACCUCUUUGAGAUGGACAGCAGUGUGGCUUGUCCAGCUGAGGAUUCCCACCUCAGUGUUGGCUCCAUUCUACUGAUCACGUUCGCUUCACUGAUUGCAGUCUACAUUGUUGGUGGCUUCCUCUAUCAGCGCCUUGUAGUGGGAGCAAAGGGUGUGGAGCAGUUUCCGCACUUUGCCUUCUGGCAAGAUCUGGGCAAUUUGGUAGCGGAUGGCUGCGACUUUGUCUGCCGAUCGAAGCCUCGAAAUGUGCCAGCUGCAUACCGAGGUGUGGGUGAUGACCAGCUCGGGGAGGAGUCAGAAGAACGAGAUGACCACUUGCUACCAAUGUGA